AUGCAGGAUCGCGACGAGAACGCGCACUACAAGUCGCGAAUCAUCUCCGUCGUCGCUGCCACUGGUAUAGCUCUUGCCUGUGGAACGAAUUACGCAUAUUCAGCAUGGGCUCCUCAAUACGCUGAGCGCAUGAAACUAUCCGCUACGCAAAGCAACCUUAUCGGCAGCGCUGGCAACAUUGGCAUGUACGCCUCGGGAAUCCCCUUUGGCAUCUUGAUCGACACAAAGGGCCCUAGAUGGGCUGUUCUAAUCGGCGCCUUUUCACUGGCUUGCGGCUACUUUCCCCUAUACUCUGCCUACCAAAAGGGUCCGGGGUCCAUGAGCUUCCCUGCUCUUUGUUUCUUCGGCUUCUUAACAGGUAUGGGAAGUUGCUGUGCUUUUGCAGGCUCCAUUAAGGUCUCAGCGACAAACUGGCCGCAUCACAGAGGCACGGCUACUGCAUUCCCCUUGAGCGGCUUUGGCCUGAGUGCCUUUGUUUUUACGCUCAUUGGCAGCUUCGCUUUUCCUAAUGAUACUGGAGACUACCUACUGAUGCUGGCCAUCGGCACCUUUAUCAUGGUUUUUGUUGGAAGCUUCUUCAUGAAACUCAUGCCCCCGGCUUCGCCCUAUCAAGCUGUGCCAACCGAGGAUGAAGGUCGUCCUGCUCGCAUCCGGAAGAACUCGCACGACUUGCAAUCUGCCCAUCAUAGCAGAGAUGGAAGCAGAUCAAGCCUCCCUGGUGAACCCAGCACUCAAAAUGCCCAAUCAGAUGAGACUUCACCACUUCUCUCCCGUGCUGGAGAAGUCCCUGCGGACGAGUCACAGACAUCUCAAACGCUAGGCUCACACAAGAAAGAUAUCACAGGGUGGGCACUCGCAAAGAGUCCGUCAUUUUGGAACUUGUUCAUUCUUCUUGGCUUGUUAUGUGGAGUUGGUUUGAUGACCAUCAACAAUAUCGGAAAUAACGCAAAAACGCUAUGGCACCAUUAUGACGAGAAUGCAAGUCACGACUUCAUUCAGUCACGUCAACUAAUGCAUGUUGGCAUUCUCUCGAUCGGAUCAUUCAUCGGCAGACUUUCAUCUGGAAUCGGAUCUGACUUUGUGGUCAAACGUCUGCACUCGUCUCGUUACUGGUCAUUGGUCGCCUCAUCUCUGAUUUUCACUGUCGCACAAGUCUUUGGUCUUACGAUUGAGAACCCAACCCACCUAUAUCUACUCUCCAGCGUCACCGGGCUUGGAUACGGUGCCCUGUUUGGAGUGUUCCCUGCUCUGGUCGCCGACGCUUUUGGCGCAACAGGACUCGGCAUCAAUUGGGGUGCGAUGACGAUGUCGCCAGUGAUUUCUGGCAAUAUUUUCAACAUUGCAUAUGGCGCGAUUUUGGAUAGUCACUCAGGGUCGGCAGACUCUCAUCACAACAUUUGCAAUGACGGCAAGUCCUGCUACUCGCAGGCAUACGUGAUCACGCUUGUCGCCAGUAUGAUGGGCAUUGCUUGGAGUCUGUGGUGUGUACGCCAUGAUACUCAGGAGAAGAAGGCACAAAGGAAGAUGUACGCAGACCACCAACCUUGA